UAGUUUUUAACAACAUACACAAAUUCUGUAACUUUGUUCUAAGAACUACUUCCACUUGUUAAUGUUUCUAAGCUCUAAGCCUUUUUUGCCACUGUUAAAUCCAUAGUAUGCUGAGCUCUGUCUCUCCACAUAUUUCCAUAACAUAGUCUCCAUAUGUACUUGGCUGAUAUUUGAGAGGGAUACCUGAUUAGCUCUCUCAAGAAUGAGGCAGUGCUGUCAUGAGUCUUUUGGCUAUAUCAGUGUUGUUUGUUGAUUAGACCAUAGUUGGGUGUGUCUUGGCUUUGAUGCGCCUGCAUUCGCAUGCAAGGCAGAGUAAGGAAAAGGGGCAUUUAUUUAAACUGUUGUUGUGAAAAAGGUAGUUGGUACCUCAAAUUCCAUUUUUAUCAGAAGUUAAACCAUAGCUCCCAGUCCAGGUCAACAGUGUGUUAAAAAGAUGCCAUGUCUUCAGAAAAUAAGAUGAGAUGAGGUAAAGCCAGGGGAAUAAAAGAAAAACCAAAACAAAUGGUUUAGUAAUCUAACACCCUCUUUUGGAAUUGCAAAGUAAUGACAUUAUCUGAAGGGAAAUCAGUGUUGGUCAUAGGCAACAACAAUAUCAUAUGACAAAAAAGGUAAAUUAAAUAUUAAGUAUAAAAAAUAUUAAGUUAGUUAAGUAGCAAAUGGAUUUUUAAAACAAUGAAAACUAAAAUGGGCAGAAACAAAAUUAAUGCAAAACAUGCCAGAGCUCGAGCUUCUACAACUUAUUAUCAGUGUCAAAUGCAAUACUGAAUUUGAAAUCAGUUAUAUUUUACUAACCCAAUUAUAGUAAAUGCCAAUUGUAGUUUGUAAUUUGGUUUAAUGUCCAUGCUAUAAUACUUUAUGAGGCUAAAAUCGCACAGUUUGCUUGGAGCAGGCAUAACAUUAUCUGAUUUAAAUGUCUUGUUUAAUUAGCAAGUAAUGCUUUUUUCAUCGCCCUCAUACUUGUGACAUGUGGCACAUUUACUAGCAGAUACCAGCAUUUCCAGCUGGUUAUUUUAUAACCUUUAGGUAUUAUGACAUAGUUUAAAGCUGGUUAGUUCCUAAAUAAGGCCUACUUGACCAAGUAUUACCAAACAUGCCGUUUGGUAAUAAUCAUGAACGCCUUGCCAUGAUUGUCUUUUAGAUGAUGUUAUGAGCAACGUCCACCAGAGAUAUUGAUUCAAUCUUUAAUUACAUUUUUUAAAGAGCCAUUUUGCAAUUAUGCCUACAGUACAUUAGUCGGCCAUUUUCAAAUGAUAUUAGUUGAGAAGUCAGAACUGUAUCUCUACUGUCAACGGUCACAACGGGUGGCACAAAUAUCCAGCUGCUGUACACACAGUGCAGUAUGGUGGUGAUGAGACAUGGGAGCCAAGAAAGUACAAACCAAUAUUGUGCAUUUUUUAAAUCAUUUUAGAGGUAGUUAAUAUUAAUGUGUGUUGUUACCCACUGUAACAGUUAAAGGCUGAUAAUCUAUCAGCUUUGUUGUGUGUUUGUCGUUAGUUCAGAGCCAACGUGACAAAGCAGCCUUUUAUAUUAUAACUGCUUCUUUGUCAGUUCAAGAAAUAAUAUGACGAUCAAAUGUCAGCGCAGCAUAUUUACUGUUCUUGGGUACAUUUUAUAUGAAUACAUUAGGUUUUUCUUCCAUAUCAACCUCUUGCAACAUGUUAUAAUCAUUUGAUAGUUAUUUUUGGAAAGAAAAAUGCUUAUACUAAGUAUCAUUGCUAUAGUAUUUCCCAGUCAGUUCUGAUCUUUGUGAUUUUUCUAGCCUCACUUUCCUUGUUGUACAGUAGAAGGAGGACAAAACAGGGUUGAGCUGAGGUUAUCUGUAAAUGUAUACAACAUGAAGCCAUUUAAAACACUUCAUUUCACAGGUCUGCAGGAUGAUGCACAAAGAGAAGAAGGUAAAUGCGUGAAUGAUGACUAUUGAUAGUCAUACUUUGCAUAUUUUAGACAUCUUUGCUUUUUAAUGCUUUCUGCAUCUGUUUCACACUCAGUUAUAAUACAGAUGUAGUGAUCCACUCAGCUCAAAUGAGCAAAAUGGAAACUUCACACCAUGCACAGGCCUGCAGGCUGUACAGGACUCCACCUUGUACUCAUCAACUUCCCUUUAACUGCCUGAAGGCAGAGACAGAAGAGGAAGAGAGGCAAAGAGGGUUGGGCUUAGUGCUUUCGUUUAAAGUAAAAAAAAAUGCAGAAGUGAGACGUUUAGCAGACACCAGCAGACGAGAGAGAGAGAGAGAGCGAAAAUAGGAGGAAAGUCAGAAAGCCAAGCCUCGAAGUAGAAAGUUGGACCUCAUGCAAAAAUGGCUCCCUGGACGAGGACCACCACAGAGCGGUAUGGUGUAGUGAAGUGGAAUUUUCUUGGCAAAGGAGAGAAGCAGCUUUCCCUGGAGGUAGGAGACACAGUCCACAUCCAGGAGGUCUGUGAUGGAUGGUACAGAGGCUACCUGGUUAGGAACAAGGUCUAUCAGGGGGUGUUUCCUGCCAGUUUUGUCCAUCUUAAGGAGGUCAUCGUUGAAAAGCGAGGAAAUGAGGAGGUGGUGAUGUCUGCAGAGAUGCCCUUGGUGAAGGAGGUGACCACCACACUGAGGGAAUGGGGAAGCAUAUGGAAGCAGCUUUUUGUGGCAAACAAAGAGGUGCGUGUGAAGCAGGUGCAGAGGCUGAUGUGGGAGCUAAUGGAAUGGCGUUCCCAGCUCCUGUCUGGCACUCUGCCCAGUGAUGAAUUCAAGGAGCUCAAGCAGAAAGUCACCUCCAAGAUUGACUAUGGCAACAAGAUCCUGGAGCUGGACCAGGUGGUUCGAGAUGAGAAUGGAAACAUCUUGGAUCCAGAGCGCGCUAGUGUCAUCAGUCUGUUUCAGGCCCACGAGGAGGCCACAGCCAAGAUUAAUGAACGCAUCAAAGAGGAGCAGUCCAACAUCCAGACAGACCACAGUGGGAUCUCAGCACGGAUCCAGUCAUCCCCCACCCACAGCCUCUAUGUUUUUGUUAGGAACUUUGUCUGUCGCAUUGGGGAGGAUUCAGAGCUCUUCAUGUCCCUGUAUGACCCCAACAAACAAGCCAUCAUCAGUGAGAACUACUUGGUACGCUGGGGCAGCAAAGGGUUCCCCAAGGAAAUUGACAUGCUGAACAACCUGAAGGUUGUCUUUACAGACUUGGGGAACAAGGACUUGAGCAGAGAGAAGAUUUAUUUGAUCUGUCAGAUAGUGAGAGUGGGCAGGAUGGAUCUGAAAGAGAUGAACAACAAGAAGUGUACUCAGGGCCUGAGACGACCGUUUGGAGUGGCAGUAAUGGACAUCUCCGAUAUCAUCAAAGGGAAGAUUGAAUGUGAUGAGGAGAAGCAGUAUUUCAUCCCCUUCUUCCCGGUAGUCGCUGAGAAUGACUUCCUCCACACUUUGCUGAACAAAGUUACAGCAUCACGAGGAGACAGUGGUGGCCAAGGUCUGUGGGUGACCAUGAAGGCAUUGGUCGGGGACAUAGUUCAGAUUCGUAAGGAGUACACUCACCUGGUGGACCGCAGGACUGUGGUGGCUCGCAAGCUGGGCUUCCCAGAGAUCAUAAUGCCGGGAGACGUUCGUAAUGACAUCUACAUCACCUUACAGGGCGGCGACUUUGACAAGUACAACAAAACAACACAAAAGAAUGUGGAGGUCAUCAUGUGGGUCUGCGAUGAGGAGGGCAAGAUCAUACAGAACUCCAUCUGUCUGGGAGCAGGGGAUAAGGCGGUCAGUGAGUACAGAUCCGUCAUCUACUACCAAAUCAAACAGCCCCGUUGGAUGGAGACAUUUAAGGUGGCAGUCCCUCUGGAAGAAAUGCACCGAAUUCAUUUACGCUUCAUGUUCAGACACCGCUCCUCUCAAGAGUCCAAAGACAAGAGUGAGAAGAACUUUGCCAUGGCCUUUGUGCGUCUGAUGAAGGAUGAUGGGACGGUUCUACAGGAUGGACUGCAUGACCUUGUGGUCUUCAAGGGUGACAGCAAGCGCAUGGAAGAUGUGAACUCGUACUUGUGUUUAACCUCGACCCGCCAUCACCAUGGCGACCCCCACAAAGCGACAAUACUGAGCCGCAGCUCUAGCAGUGUGUCUGGGGGCGGUGCAGGCCUGUCGGUCAGCUCCAGAGACAGCUUCAGCAUCUCCACCCUGGUCUGCUCCACCAAACUCACCCAGAAUGUGGGUCUGCUAGGACUUCUCAAGUGGAGGACUCGACCCGAACUCCUCAGAGAAAACCUGGAGAAGCUCAAAAUCAUUGAUGGAGAGGAGGUGGUCAAGUUUCUGCAGGACACUCUGGAUGCCUUGUUCAACAUCAUGAUGGAACACUCUCAGACUGAUGACUAUGACAUCCUUGUGUUUGAUGCCUUGAUAUACAUCAUUGGUCUGAUCGCUGACAGAAAGUUUCAGCACUUCAACACAGUGUUGGAGGCCUACAUCAAGCAACAUUUUAGUGCUACACUGGCCUACAAAAAGCUGAUGUCAGUGUUGAAGCGGUAUCUGGAUGUGUCCAGCCGAGGGGAACAGUGUGAGCCCAUCCUCCGAACCCUCAAAGCCCUUGAGUACAUCUUCAAGUUCAUCGUUCGCUCGCGCAUGCUCUACUCCCAGCUAUACGAGGGGAAGGAGCAGGCCGAGUUCGAAGAGUCGCUGAAGAGGCUAUUUGAGUCCAUUAACAACCUGAUGAGAACCGACUACACCACCACUCUGCUGAACAGGGUUGCUGCUCUGAAGUACCUGCCAACAGUCCUGCACGAUGUCGAGAAAGUGUUUGAUGCCAAGCUGCUCAGUCAGUUGCUGCAUGACUUUUAUGCCUGCAUCCCACCUGAGAAACUCCAGAAGCAGAAGGUGGCCUCCAUGACUGAGAUUGUCAGCAGUCAGCUAUUCCAGAGACAAGAGUGCCGUGAUGUGUUGUUGCCCAUGAUGCUGCGGGAGUUGAGCGGGGCACUGGCCAGUAUGGCAGACGGGCCUCAUGAUGAAAGGAGAAACAGUUUGGAGCUGCUCAACAACAUUCUGGAGGUCCUCAGCAGAGACAAUGUGGGGGAAACAUUUCAGCAUAUCCAGGACAUUGUGGUGUCUCUUCUGAGAAUCAUCAACCAGACAGUCAUCACAAUGGGUCGAGAACACACACUCAUUUCCAGGGUAGUUGCCUGCAUGACAGCCAUCCUCAGUCAGAUGGAUGAUCGUCACUACGCCUCAUACAUAGAAACAUUCACUGGAACUACUGAUCUAGUGGACUUCUUGAUGGAAUCCUUUCUACUUUUCAAGGACCUGAUUGGGAAGCAUGUGUAUCCCUCUGACUGGAUGGCCAUGAUCAUGGUACAGAACAGAGUGUUCCUGAGAGCCAUCAGUACCUAUGCCGACACAAUGAACCAAAAGUUCCUCAAUAACAAUGACUUUGAAGUGCAGCUGUGGAAUAACUACUUCCACUUGGCGGUGGCAUUUAUUACCCAGGAAUCUCUACAGCUUCAGCAUUUCUCACCAACCAAGAGGAACAAGAUUCUGGUCAAAUAUGGAGAUAUGAGAAGACUCAUUGGCUUUGCUAUACGUGACGUCUGGUACAAACUCGGGAGUCACAAGAUCUGUUUCAUCCCUGGCAUGGUGGGUCCCAUCCUGGAGAUGACUUUGAUACCUGAGGAGGAGUUGAGAAGAGCCACCAUUCCCAUCUUCUUUGACAUGAUCACCUGUGAACAUGCAAACUGUGGAAACUUCCACAAGUUUGAGAAUGAGAUCAUUUUGAAGUUGGACCAUGAGGUGGAGGGUGGAGGAGGCGAUGAGCGAUACAUGCAACUACUGGAAACCAUCCUUCUGGACUGUGCUGCUGAGAAACCCACGCUUAGGCCACAGGUGCAGCACUUUGUCGCCUUGGUGAAGGGACUGCUCAUUCGUCUCCUUGACUACCGCACUGUGAUGAGUGAUGACAGCCGCAACAACCGCAUGAGCUGCACUGUCAAUCUACUGAACUUUUACAAGGACAUCAAUCGUGAAGGGAUGUAUAUCAGGUACCUUUACAAGCUGAGAGACCUUCACCUUGAGGGUGAAAACUACACAGAGGCUGCAUACACACUCCUACUCCACUCCCGCCUGCUCAAGUGGUCAGAUGAGAUGUGUAGCCCUCAGUUUGAGUUCCACGGCUCCCAAACCCAGAGGCAGCUCAAAGAAACGCUGUACGACACCAUCAUUGACUACUUUGACAAGGGCAAGAUGUGGGAGGAGGCCAUCACUCUGUGUAAGGAACUAGCAGAACAGUACGAAAACGAGAUCUUUGACUACGAGCUACUCAGCAAGAGGCUGGAGAAACAAGCCAAGUUCUAUGAGAACAUUAUGAAGAUCUUGAGGCCUAAGCCAGACUACUUUGCAGUGGGCUACUAUGGACAGGGCUACCCUCCAUUCCUCAGGAACAAGGUCUUUAUCCACCGCGGUAAGGAGUAUGAGCGCAGGGAGGACUUCCAGAACCAGCUGAUGAGCCAGUUUCCCAGUGCUGUGCGCCUCAACAUUACCACUAUGCCAGGGGAUGAUAUCAAGAACUCUCCACUUCAGUAUAUCCAGUGUUUCACUGUGCAGCCAGUCCUCGAGAUCCCACCUCGCCUGAAGAACAAGCCUGUCCCUGACCAGAUUAUUAACUUCUACAAGUCCAACUAUGUGCAGCGUUUUCACUAUUCCAGACCUAUAAGGAAAGAACCCGUGGACCCAAACAAUGAGUUUGCUUCUAUGUGGAUUGAACGCACAACCUUCACCACUGUGUACAAGCUACCAGGGAUCCUGCGCUGGUUUGAGGCUACAGACUUGAAGCAUACUACCUUGUCUCCAUUGGAGAAUGCCAUAGAGACCAUGGAGUCCACCAAUGAGAAGAUUCUGACCAUGAUUAACCAGUACCAGGCUGACUGGAGCCUUCCCAUCAACCCCCUGUCCAUGCUGCUCAAUGGCAUUGUGGACCCUGCAGUCAUGGGUGGCUUUGCCAAGUAUGAAAAGGCCUUCUUUACUGAAGAGUACACUCAGCAGCACCCAGAGGACAGAGAUAAACUGCUGCUCCUCAAAGAUCUCAUUGCGUGGCAGAUCCCGUUACUAGGCGGGGGAAUCAAGCUCCAUGGGAAGAGAGUGACCGAUGACUUGCGUCCGUUCCACGAUCGCAUGGAGGAGUGUUUCAAACAGCUGAAAAAGAAAGUGGAGAAGGAGUAUGGAGUGAGAGAGCUGCCGGAUUUGGAUGUGAGGAAAUCCACUCGUCCUCGCUCCAUGUUGCGCUCCAUUCGGCAGUCUAUCAUUUCAGUCUCCUCGCUGCAGGGAUCUGAAUGUGGGACUCCCACCAAGCCCCAUGCAGACAGGGACCUCGCCCCUGAGUCACCCGUUUCAUGGACACCCACCCUACAACGCUCUAGUGGCAGCGUGAGCGUAGGUACAGUGGAGGAGGGUGUGGUGAUGGUGGGCGAAGCAGAGGUCAAGCUGAGGAAAAGUAAGAAGAAGAAGAAGAGAAGCAGCAUGAUCUUCAUCACAGAGGAAAGAGAGAGGACAAAUACGCUGGACUGUAAACGGCUGUCGAAGAAGCAGGAGUUCCGCAGUGACACCAACCUGUCUGAGCCAAAUGAAGGAAAUGUAUUGUUGACCAAUGCCAACUCUAGAUCCCUGCCUGCCAUCACAGGUCUCUCCUUGGCAGUUGUGGGAGGUGCAGAGGAGGUGGACAGUGCCAGAGCCAGAAGGGACAGUAAGAGCAUGUCUGUUUGUGGGACCUCUGACCGAACGGCAGACAGACGCUCAAAGGGCGUCAUUAACCUCUUCUUCAAGUCCAAGCAGGGCUCCAAAUCUGAAGAUGUGAAGUCCGGUGAUCCAGCCAAAGGCAGUGACAGUCAUUUCUAAAACCCAUUAUUUUAAUUUCUCAUUUCCUGUACUGAUUUAUAUGCAUUUGUAGACAUAUUGUAAACCUGCAGCCAAGUUCAGAAAUAUGCUUCCAUUCACUCAGUCUGCCAGUCGGUUUCAGUGUUGCCAUUGCCUUAAAAUCAUUGAUUUUACCCAUCAAUAAAGGCUAUUUUUGUUGAGUGA